GUCUGCCUGUUGCCCGGAGCUCAAGAGGCAGGAAGUCAUCCUGCGGGAGGCACACGCGGAGAGAAGCGGCGAUCGCUCGCUGGCGGACCAGACUGGAAGUACUGAGGCCUCGAUGGUUGUUUGAUUCAGCUAAGGACUCAGCUGUUUUUCCAUCUCCUCCUCCUGCCAUUCACAGUAUCAGCCUCCAUCCUAAGGCUGGAAGCCUGAUGGCCACAAUAAUUCUAGGACACAAGCAAGUUCCUGAGGAUGAAAAGGAGACAAUCUUUCCCGAUGGCCUUUUCUUAUGAGUGAGAACACUUUCCUCAGAAGUCCUGCAGUCUUCUCCUAAUGUCCCAUUGAGCAGGGUUAGAUCACCACCCCUUCCUGAACCAGAGAGUACCAAGGGGAUGGAUUACCCCGAGGCCAAGCAGACUGACCCCUGGAACCCCUGGAACCGGGAUCAGGCCCCCUGUGGGAGUGACUCUUCUGCAGCUAGAGGACUGUUCUUUGGUGGUUAGGACUGCAUCUCCAGAGGUCCCCUGCUGCGAGGACUGGCCGGCAUAGGUGGUGAAUGAGUUGCGUAUUUUCCACUACCCACUCUGGCGCCUCAUUUUUGUUCAGGGAGAGAGAUGUGGCCUCUGCUGGGAAAAUGACUGACUUCAGAGUUGGGAGGUGUUUGUUCCUUUGUAGGUUCCUGUUGAAAUCUGUAGGUAGCUGUUCGCUUUGAAUGUAAUUAAGAAAGAGGACGAAAACUAUCCAUUUGGAUCCAAGGUCUGCCUGUGAUUUCAGCUGUAGGGCUUAUCAACACUGGAAGCAAGGAAGGAGGAGGAAAUUGCACCAGAUCAGUCAGGUCCAUCUCCAGCGGUGGCUGUGGAGGCCUUGGAGUGGCGGAAGAUUACCACUCUCAACAGAUCUGCUCUCAGGACCCAUCACCUUCCCUCGGCCUGAGUGCCUCUGCCCUCUGUCCGUAUCAGUGACAGAGGCUGUGUGUUUGGCAAGGGGACUGCAUGCCUGCUGAACCGACAGUUGACUCUAACUCUUGCUACAAAGUUUCUCUCUGACCCAGUGAAAGAGUGUCAAGACAUCUGCCUGGGACAGGUUGAGAGCCAAGGCCAAGACUGUAUAGGGCUACCUAUAUAACUGGGCUUCAGCCAUGACUCGGAGUAGAAAUAAGGCCAAAACUGCAAAAAAGGCUGGUGUAGAAGCCGAAGCAAAGAGAGAGGCUGCUGGUGUAGUCAGGCCUGGAGCCAAGACCCCGGGCAAAGCAGGAGCCAAGGCAGGGUCUCAGGCAGAUUCAGUGGCAGAGACGAAGGCAGUGUCUAAGAACAAGGUUGUAAUUGAGAUGAAAGAAGGAUCCCUGGCAAAUUUCAGUCCCAAAGCUGAAGAUGCGGCCACUGGAGUAUCUCGGUUUCGUUGUGUGGCUGAGGCUAGUGUAGAGUCCAGGUCCAUGCGUAAAGAUAAGGCUGGUAUUGGUGCCUGCUCCUGGGCUGGGGAGGAGACCAGUGUUGGUUCCGGGUUCUGGACUGGAGAAGAGACUGGUAAUCGUUCCAGGGCUAAGGAUGAAGAGAGAGCUGAUCCUGGUCCCCCGUCCUGUGCUGGGAAGCUGGAGCCUGUGGUGGCCGGGGCUAGCUGCAAGGCUAGGCCAGGGGCUGAGGAGGAGGAGGAAGAGAACGUUAUCGGGAACUGGUUUUGGGAUGGAGACGAAACUAGUUUUGACCCUAAUCCGAGACCCGUGAGUAAGAUAGUUAGGCCCCAGCCUGUGGAUGAAAUUAAUGAAAAGAAUAGGCCCAAGGACUGGUCUGAGGUCACUAUCUGGCCCAAAGCCCCUGCUGUAACCCCAGCAGUGUUAGGAUUUAGAUCCCAAGUCCCGUCUGAGACAAGGCCUCCUUCAUAUAUUGUCCUGGCCUCAGCUGAGGAGAAUGCUCAUUCUUUGCCUGUGGCAGCAGUGUGCUCUUCCAUGAGCACUCCUCCAUGCUCACAGCCUAUCCCUGAGUGCCCAUUUGGUUCUGACCCUUGCAUUCAGACCAUAGAGGAGAUUAGACGCCAAAUCAGGUUCAGGGAGGCGAAUGGGAUUAAGCCAUUUGCUUGCCCUUGCAAAAUGGAAUGCUACAUGAAUUCUGAGGAAUUUGAAAAACUUGUUACCUUACUUAAGUCAACUACUGAUCCUCUCAUUCAUAAAAUAGCUCAAAUUGCAAUGGGGGUCAUUCAUGUUCAUCCAUUUGCCCAAGAGUUCAUCAAUGAGGUGGGUGUGGUGACGCUUAUUGAAAGCUUGCUCAGUUUUCCUUCCUCUGAAAUGAGGAAAAAGGCCGUAAUUACUCUGAAUCCCCCUUCUGGGGAUGAAAGACAGCGCAAGGUUGAAUUACACGUCAAGCAUAUGUGUGAGGAAACGGCGUGUUUUCCCUUGAACUCACCCGGACAGCAGUCUGGAUUAAAGAUACUAGGGCAACUGACUGCUGACUCUAACCAUCACCGUAUUGUUGCCAGUUACUUUUCAGAGCUCUUUCGUGUGCUGUCCCUGGGAAAUCGUAAAACCAGAAAUCUUGUUCUGAAAGUACUGUUGAAUUUGUCUGAGAACCCAGCUGCAGCCAGAGACAUGAUCAAUACAGAGGCAUUAGCAGCAUUAAAACUCAUCUUCAACCAGAAAGAAGCAAAGGCCAAUCUGGUUAGUGCCGUGGCCAUAUUUAUUAACAUAAAAGAGCAUAUCAGAAAGGGCUCGAUUGUAGUUGUCGAUCACUUGAGUUAUAACACACUCAUGGCCAUCUUCCGUGAAGUUAAAGUGAUUAUUGAGACAAUGUAAAAUGAGCCAGAAAUAAAAGGGAACACUUUGAACAAUCUCCAAACUCUAAUGAUAGGCUGUCUGUUCUGAAAGAGCCUUGCAAAAUGUUUUGUUCAUUCUAGUGUGCAUAUUGUGAGUUACAUCUUUAACACAGUGUUGUGGCAGUCUCCAGCUUUGAGCUAGACGUUUUGGGGGUAUCAGAUGACUUACUCCAUCGUGAGCUGAAAACGCCUGUUGAUUUUUACCUUGUGUCGAUGGGACCCUUCUUAACAUUUCACUUAAGAAGUUAGUGAACCAGUUCAUCUUAAGUAAGCUAACUUGUUCAUUAGUAUCUGCUUAGAUCCAUUUGUGGCUUCAAACGACAUAAAAGAUAAUACCCUUGGACUUAUAAUCUAGUUGCAGAAAUGCACACACAAGAUAACAGUACGUGCAAUCACGCAUACACACACCGUCACUCUCUCUGCGAAAUGUGCACUCCCAGUACGUAAAGGAGGCAAGGGUUGCUAUAAGCUGUUUAGUGUAAGAAAUUACUCUUUUAUUCUACCUACGUCAGAUAACUCAUUUCUCAGUGUGUGAAAAUACUGGGUUAUACGCUUUGAGGUUUUUAAACCGUUAAGAAACUAAAAGAAGAUCAUACUGUAAAUAGUGUGUGUAACUUGCUCUCCUCCCCGACUAACUGUGUAUCGUGAAUGUCUUUCCAUGUCAAUAAAUAACGCUUCUGCAACAUG